GGCAAUAUCAUAUCCUUGAUCGCAAAUGCGUUCAUGACACUGGUCAACGGUGUGGCUACGGUGCUGCAGACCAUUAUUGGGGGGAUCGCAUCGGUGAGUAUCUUGCUUUACGUUGUCCCUCGUGCGAUUCUCCUCUCCAUCCCGUCUACCGCGCGCACGCUCCUAGCCAUGCCAUGCCCGACCUCGCAUGCGAUCGUGAUCGCGAUCGAUUCUCUCGGGAAGGGCACGUUCGGCUGCGCCAGCGUCGUCUCGAGACCCAUAUCUUUCAAAUCCUUAGCCUGUCAAGGCGCGCUGACCCGCUCGGCACCGACCAGGUCCUCAUGGCGAUCGUCAACGUCUUCACCUGCGGCGCCUUCGCCCGGCGCGGGAACGCGCUCGCAGGCGCGACAGCGGGCACGUCCGUCGCCCCGCCCGCCGCGGGCUUGCUCGGCGGGAGCAAUGCGGGGAGCGCGGUCGGGGAGGAGGUCGCGGAGCAGGAGGAGGCGAACGAGGAGGGCGCGGCUGGUGCCGGGGCGUCGGGGAUGAUGGGUCAGAUGGGAGACCCUCGGAUGGCGGGCCAGAUGGCGUAUAACCCUCAGAUGGCGAACCAAAUGGCGUAUAACCCUCGGAUGGCGAGCGGCCAGAAUCAGAUGGCGGCGAACCAGAUGGCGGCGAAUCCUCAGAUGGCAGCGAAUCCUCAGAUGGGGAUGGCGUAUGGAGGGUACCCCGCGACGGCAGGAGGACCAUACGGCGCGGGCGCGGGCGCGGGCGCAGGAGCAGGAGCAGGAGCAGGAGCAGGCCUAGGCGCAGCAGGUGGAAUGAGAGUUCCAGGAGCAGGCGGGGUAGGAGGAGGGAUGGGCAUGGGUGCUCCCGGAGCAGGCUUUGGACCACAAGCCGGGGCGGGAGGAUACGGCGCCCCAGUAGGAGGAAUGGGAGCAGGCUCAGGAGGAAUGACAGCCCAAGGUGCGGGACUAGGAGCACGAGGAGCAGCCGUCUACGGUGCUGGUGGACCAGGACCGACGCCGUUCAGGCCGAUGGUGGGCGGCGCAGCUCCUGGAUACGGGGCUGGAGGCACCGCUGCGGGGGCGGCGUACUGA